GAGAGUUUGAGACGAACAGAAUCCCCCUCUCGUAAACACAAACACACACAGUGCCAUAAACUCAGAAUCCGAAAACCCAAUUUGUUCACCACAAAGAUCAAAUGGAAACCUAAUUUCUAAGAAAUUUGUCGAUUUCUUUUUCAAUCAAGUAUUAUAUGAUCAUCUCCAUAUCGACGAAACAUAGCAUUUAUCUCAAGUAAGUUUCUUACAGAUUUCAUUGAUUCGUGCGCUUUGUGUGUCUUAAGAAAUGGACGAAGAAGAAUUACAGAAGCGAUUCACUGAUUGCGUCUAUUUCUUAGCAUCUCCGCUCACUUGCAAGAAGGGAAUUGAAUGUGAAUACCGACACAGUGAGAUUGCAAGACUGAACCCUAGAGAUUGCUGGUAUUGGUUGGGAGGGUGCUGUUUUAACCCUGAUUGUGCUUUCAGACAUCCUCCAUUAGAAGGACUAAAGGAAGCCUAUCUAGAAUCUUCUAAUCUUAACAAUGCUCCUGCUUUACCUGUGGAGAAAACAAACAUCCCUUGUUACUUUUACUCAAAAGGGUUUUGUAACAAAGGCGAACACUGUUCAUUUCUCCAUGGAUCUGCUGAUGUCAGCCUUGCUUUGAAACCCUCUCAACCUACAUCCAUGGUCAACAAUCCAGCCCCCUGUGUAGAAAAAUUAUUUACAGAAAGUAACACCAGGUCAACACCAGUCAACAUCCACCCCACUCCAUCUGAACCUCCAAAAGAUGACCACACAAACAAUGUGAGGACGCCCACACAGGAUCCCAAUCCCAAGCAAGAAAGAAACACACCAGAUUCCCAACAAGAAAGAAGCGAGUCUCCUGAUAUGUCAAAUUCAUUGGAUCUUCUGGAAGAAUUUGUUCAAAGUGGAUCUGAUGUUUUUAAUGAUCAAAGUUCUGGUUUUGAUGUUGUUGUUGAAGGUGAAUCUGAAAGGUAUGAAUAUGAACAAGAUGUUGAGUAUUUUUCUGUUCAUGAAGAAGAAGAAGGUGAAGAAGAGCCUAUUGAGUAUGAUCAAACUUACCCUGAAUUGGGAAAUGGAAUUGUAAAAGAGAGAUGUGAUGUUUAUGAAUGUUUAGAUAAAGGGGAAUCAAGAAAGAGUAUAUUUUAUCGGCUUUCUUUCAAGAAAAGAAACUUACAAUCAGAAGCUCCAUUAUUUAAUGGCAGAAAAGGUCAUGAUCUUCGUGAGCAUUUGAAGAAACGCAAGGAUGGUUUUCCUUUUCCAUACUGUUUUUCUCAAGGGUAUGAUCGUAAUUUUAGAAGAUAUCCUCAAAGAAAGGCUAUCCCUAUGAACAGAUACAGAAAGCCACAGUUGAUGCAACAGAAGAGAAGAUUUAAGGAAAAAGAUACUAUUUUCACAGGACCAAAGACCCUUGAUGAAAUAAAAGAACAAAAGAAGAAUACCCUUCAAAGAAAGGAUGAUUUUCAGGGUUCUAGACAUUUGAAUGAAAGAAAAUAUGGUUUUCAGGGUCCUAGACCUUUCAGUGAGAUUCUCAAGAACAAAAGGAAGUUUGGGUAGUGGGGUGGGGGGAGGGUGUUGUGUUCUUGAUGUACAGUUUUAGUUUUUGUUAUGCAUGUCUACUUUCAUGGGAUGAAAGUUUUUUUUUCUUCCGUUUUUGGGGUUUUUGAAAUUGAGUUUAUUUUGUGAAUUAAAUGUUUUUAUUGACAUGGUUUCUGUAAGCUCUGUUUAAUUCACAUGAUCAUAGGUUGACUGCUUAAUAUCUUUGGUAAGUUUUUUAUUCUUAUAAAGUUAUCAGAGACAAAUUCAAGAUCACAUGUUAAUAUUACAAAAAAAGAUUUAAGAUUAUAUAUUCUGAUUAAAUUCUCUAGAUUCGUAUAAUGUCGAUUGGAAAAACUCAAGAGUAGAUAGAUGAUUAUAAUAUUAUUGAAAAAAAUUUCAAAAGUACAUACUUAAACCCACAUACUACAUGUUAAAACCUUGGUCUUCGUUUGACUUAAUCCUCUUCAUAACUAUGAAACAUUCUACACCGACUUGUAUUUUAAAUUUUAAUUGUAUAGGAUUUAGGGCAACAAUGUAAUUUCACACCCCGAAUAGAUGUCAUCUUCUGACUUUUUACCAUUUUUAUGCUUCUUUUGUCAUAUUCUCCUUCCUCUUGGGCUAUUUAUACCCAAAACCCAACGGUUAAGAAGCCACAUAGAAAUAUUUUAGAUGGGUGGAUUAGUAUUACCAAGGUCAGAUGUGUCAUUUAGAAGAAUAGGUUCUUCAGGGAUAGUUUGGGAAGAUAAAUUAUCAUCUGAGGAACUUAAGCCAAAAGUAAAAACCGAGUCAGACCCAAAACCAUAUCGGACUCUGGUGGUUGAACCCACCAUGGACCCUCCCUCACCAAAAGUCUCCGGCUGCUGUGCUAUGUUCAGUAAAACCACCACCACCAAGAAACCAAACAAAAGAGGUCACCGGAAGUCUUGAUCACUGAAAACUUUUAGAUAUUUUCCGAUCAGUCUCUUCUUCUUUUGUUACUUAUAGAACAAGCUUUUCCGAUAUAUAAAUAUCGUAAGUUAUUAAUAUUUAUAAAUAUUGUCAAAAUAGUGUUCUUUUGUGAGAAAUAUUGGAUUUAUUUUUUUAUUAUUAUUUGUUAGUUUGAAGUUGUGACGAUCAGUUUUGAGAAUUAUUUAAUAUGUGAUAUUUUUAGUUUAACUUUUUUUUUUUUAAUGGAAAUCACUAUAUUUAUAUUUAGAAAGGUAAUAUUGCAAUGUUUAUCUUUUUGUCAUUAUACUCUAUUAGAUAAGGACGUUUUUGUGGAUUUGGAAGUUUAUGGAUGUGAUUGACCCCACUAUAAAUAUUGAAAAGACUUGUAUGCCAAAUGACAUUUUGAUGUAUACACGAUUAUGCAUUAAGUGCAACAAUAGGAAACGUAGUUGGCUAUAAAUACUUGGGAUUUGUUGUAAAUAUGUGAUCGAAGGAUAGUGUGUCCACAAAUAUAUGAUCGUUUUUCUAUUUAUUUAUUUGAUAUGUUAAUUUUAAAUGUCAAACAAAACGAUUAUUGAUCAAUUAAAGACUACUGUAAUUGCGUCUUUUUGGUUGAUUUUAUAAUAAUUCAUUCACAGUAAAUUUCUUAUCAAAUUCCUAACUCCAUUCAGGUGAAACGUAGCGACUUAUAUUAGAUUCAUGUCAAGGGUGGUAAUUUUGAUUUAUUUGUUUAUAACCUGUUAAUGUUAAAUUGUUAUUAUAACAAUAAUAUAUUUGUAAUUUAAUACAAUAGUUAUUAAUAAACACAACUAUUUUAGAAAAAGAGUCGGGUCAACUAUCCCGUUUCAGUAUAUAUAAAAGUUAUUUUUUGGGAUAAUGACUUGAGAGGGUAACAUACUAUUCCAUUUUGUCACAUUUGGUCACUAAACUUUUUUUCGUGCUCUAAUAGCCAUUUAACUUGUUCAUUCGUGUAAAUUUCACCCCUAUGACUGAUUAUAGCCGGUUUCAAUGGACUGGUCGAUCCUACGUGUCAGUAUGAUCCUACGUGGCAUGUAGGCUAAUGUUAUUAAAAGAGGGGUGUAUGCGGUUCCUUGAUUGUGCCCUAAUACCCCCGAUGGCUUCCUCCUACAGCUUCUCAUCAUCUCUCAAUCGAUCAAGCAAGAAAUCAACUGCGCACGAUACAAAAACUUGUGAUUGUGGGUUCCCUGCACGUAUUCUAACAUCAAAAACACCAAAGAAUCCAGGGAGGCAUUUCAUGGUGUGCAAUGAGGGUAAAUGCAAAUAUUGGAAAUGGUUGGAUGUAGAACCUGUAGAAAUGCCUCUAAUGGAAGUGGUGGAGGGAAUGAAAGUUGAAUUAAUAGCAUUAAAGACCGAAGUAGAGAAGGUGAAGGAAGACAUGGAACAAAUGAAGAAGGAAAAGUGCUCUGAUGCCAUUGCAAUGAAGGAAAAAAUAUAUAAGUUUACCAUAGGAUUUCUUUUUUUGAUCAUCGUGUAUAUGAUGAAAUGAUGUGAAUGAUGUAUUGAAAGAUGUUGUUUGAAUGGAAUGAAUGUAUUAUCUUAACUUCUUA